UCUAAUAUCCCGGGAGCGAGUGUAACAGGUAGAUGCUGCAUGGCAGGUACCUGCAAGGUGUCUGAAAACCGACAGAUUGGAUGUGGCACUGGCGCAGUCCCGUCCAGGAACUGAGUUUUGCAGCUGAUAUUAUUCCCGGUGUCUCCUUGCUGCCUUUGUUUUGGAAGUAAAUGGCUCUCUAACUGCAUUGAAUUGCCCGACUACCUUGCAUGACCGGGAUCUGAUUACCUCUGGAGCUGGGAGCCCUAUCUCCAAGCAGCACUGAGGCUUUUGCUUUUAAUGACUUGCUCUGCCACGUUCAGAGUGUGACAAUGUCGGGGAGGCUGCCAGGACCGGCUGCUGGUGCCACCGUGCUCGUACCGAGAUGGCUGGGAAAGCUAAUAAGAGUUGGGAUGUCUCGGGCCAAGCAUCUGUGGCACAGCGCUGGGUUGAAAACAGAGUAAAUGGGUCUAGUGAUGAGUGCAGCUCUCUGCCAUGUCUUGGGGAGUGGGCUGGAUCACUGGAAAAGUGACUAGAAAAACACAGCUAGAAACAAUGAGCUUUCGUACAGCUCUGUCACGAUGCUCUGGUAGAGGGAAAGAGUGGUCAAAUCCAGCCAUAUAGCCCCAGCCAGCAGCAGGGUAGGCCCCAAAAAGAGUGAGAAGUGACUGGGAAACGAGGCACAACCAGGCUCUUGUCUCUCUCCCUGUACCACGAGCUAUCUCUGUCCUCCUGUUAAUGUUUACAAGGCAGGUCCGGUGUCAUGAUGGUCUGUCCAAAGACCAGAUCCCUCCCCAGCUUUCCCGGGAUCCUUCUUCCUGCUGGCUGGGGCAGGGCCACAGGACAGUCACAGGGAGGAAAAGCCCGGCUCCUUGCUGUCUCCAUAACGCUAUUGGCCCCAUAUCCAGCCAUCCCCACUUGUGGGCACAGAUGAGUAAUGCCACACGUGCUGUGCCCUCUCCCGUGGCACCUGGCACCCUGGGGCCUGGCACCGUGGCCCAGCUGGCCUCAGCCCCCCCAUCCCCAGCCUUUUCCCUGCUGAUGGCUGCCCACAACAACUCCCAGGAUGGCCAGCAGCUCUUCCUGACCACGACAACAGCGCAGGCCAUCUCUGGCAUCUUCGUGUGGUCGGCACUCAUCGUCACCUUCCACCAGAUCUACACACACCUGAGGAAUUACACCAUGCCCAAGGAGCAGCGCUACAUCAUCCGCAUCCUCUUCAUCGUGCCCAUCUAUGCCUUCGACUCCUGGCUCAGCCUCCUCCUCCUCGGCAGCCACCAGUACUACGUCUACUUCGACUCGAUUCGUGACUGCUAUGAAGCUUUUGUGAUUUACAGCUUCCUGAGCCUGUGCUUUGAGUAUCUUGGAGGGGAGAGCAACAUCAUGACAGAGAUCCGAGGGAAGCCCAUUGCGUCCAGCUGCUUUUAUGGGACCUGCUGCCUUCAGGGUAUGUCCUACUCCAUCGGGUUCCUGCGCUUCUGCAAGCAGGCCACGCUGCAGUUCUGCAUCGUGAAACCCCUCAUGGCCAUCGUCACCAUCAUCCUGCAGGCGUUCGGGAAGUACCACGAUGGAGACUUCAAUGUCCAUAGUGGAUACCUCUACAUCACCAUCAUCUACAACUUCUCCGUCAGCCUGGCACUUUACGCACUCUUCCUCUUCUACUUCGCCACCAUGGACCUGCUGCGCCCGUUUGACCCAGUCCUCAAGUUCAUCACCAUCAAGGCAGUCAUCUUCCUCUCCUUCUGGCAAGGGACGCUGCUGGCAAUCCUGGAGAAAUGUGGGGUGAUCCCUGAAGUUCAGAUCAUCGAUGGGAAGGAGGUGGGAGCUGGGACAGUGGCUGCUGGCUACCAGAACUUCAUCAUCUGCAUUGAGAUGCUAUUUGCUUCCAUUGCCCUGCGCUAUGCGUUCACCUGCCAGGUGUACAGGGAGAAGAAAGAGAACUCAACAGCAAACCUUGCCCCGAUGCAGAGCAUCUCAAGUGGGCUGAAGGAGACCAUCAGCCCCCAGGACAUCGUGCAGGAUGCCAUCCACAACUUCUCGCCCACGUACCAGCAGUACACUCAGCAGUCAAUGCAGGAAGCAGAGCACAAGGCACCAGGGCAGAACGGGCACGUGGUCUCCAAAAUGGAUGGCCAGAGCAGCAGGAAGAGCAAAAACAUUGAGAAGAGAGUGCUGAUCCUGUCAGAUGAGGAGCUGUAGGAGAUACCAGAAGGAACAGUGACACUGGAAAGAUUUAAACCCAUGCAAAUGGGAGGUGUCUCGAGGCUGAGACAACCUGGUCUAAUCAGAGCACUGGGAAGCCAGGAACUCUACCCAAAAAGCCAGUCUCUCGAAGGGAAGAUGCAAUAACCCAGGGAAAGGUUAAGUCAAAUAGUGCCAGCUUCUGCUGUCCCAUCUCUCCUGCUGUUACGGAUGAGGCUGUGUUUGACCCUGCAUUGCUGCCCCACUGCUGGUGCCUCUCUGCCAGCCCUGUGCCAACACUGGGGGAUGCCAGGCAGGCAGGGGAGCCAGGGUGCAGGACAGACCAGCUGCCCUCGCUCUCCUCUUACCUCUAAGCAGUGCUAAGGCCUGAGAGAAAUGCUUUUCUCAGCACAGUUCUGUUCUAGUUUCUCCCAAUUUGAGUAAAAAAUGAUCUCCAAGGGCCCUGUGGAGAAAACUAGCCCAGGAAGGUGACUUCGCUUCACCUCAAAACCCGGUAAUGGUUGAAAGACGUCAUUCCUUAUUUUUACAUCUUUUCCCCUCUCCUUCUCCCAGAAAAGCCUACAGAGUUGUGCAAAAGACCUUUACCAUGGAAGAAGAGCAAGUCAUCUUCUCCCUCCAGAUGUGGAUGCAGCUGUCUGAGUAACUCCCCCGGGAGCUCGGGCAGGACCUCACUGGGGCUAAUCGGAGGUCUGCAGCUGCAUUUCUGAGAUCUGCCGGUGACAGAAGCGCUUGUUUAUGUCUAAAGCAGCUUAUCUCUGAAUGGAUCAGAAGUUAAAAGGGAUUCCAGCUUCCUUAUCAGAGUCUUUAUUAGGGAACUGGACUGUGACUGGUGGUGGUAGGAAUUCACUUACUGGGAACUGUCUGUUCCUCCUAACCCUUCACUAUUCCUGGUCCCUGGGCGUUGCCUGACCUGUGGAAGGCAGGUGGGAGCUGAGCCCAGCUGGGUGACCAUGGUGGGGAUAGAGAGGUGCUGGGGGAUGUCACCACUCAGGGCAGGACCACUGGUAGGGGAAGAGCCUGAAAGGAGGGAUUCUCCCUGUAUCAGUGAUGGAGAGUGCACAUCCUUCUGUUAAAUUUCCUCUCUGCUUUUUUUCCCCCCAAUUUUUAGUCUGAUUUCUAUUCCCUUGUACUCAGAUGAUCUCUGUGAACUUACCUACGCGCUGGUUGGGCUGUUGUCUGGGGUGGGAGCUGGGUAGUGGAAGAACGAGGGCGAGUCUGCAGCCUCAGAUUUGCAGUCAUGUGGCAAACAAAUCAAUAGGUAGGGCCUGGAGCCCUGUUACACACGACUCCAAGCGUUUGGGUCCUUUUUUCCCCCCCUGCUCUUAAACUGUAAAAUGUAAAUCACAACAUGAAAUUAUUUUAUUUAUUUUUUUUUUCUAAUAAACAGCAAUUUCUAGCACGGAGCAAGCAUUUUCACUGAGCUCAGCAAGCAGAGCCCUCGAUCUGCUUGUUCCUGCUAUAAUGCUGAUGCUCUUAAGCUUAACGUCCUCCCUGCCCCUCAGUGCUGGCCCAGCAGAAAUACCUGCACACGCAGCAUCCUGCACAUUUUGGCAUUCCUGUGGGAUUUGUGCUCAUCUUUUUCACUCCACAAAGAAUGUGCAUGUCCCCUGUUUCCUCUCCUUGUGCAGCACCUCUUCCAACCCUCACCUAAGAUGUGGAUGCAGCGGUUCAGAGGUGCUAGAUCUGGUUUAGCUAAGCUAAGCCCAGACUCCAGCACCAGCAAGACAACUAGUUGAUGAUUUUUGGAGAAAUCUUACCAUGCUGAAGCCCAGAUUCCACACAAGCAUCCUAUAGCUCAGCCAGUCUCGUGAGUCCCUGUGGUCCAAAGCUGCUCAUACCUGCUCAGCAGGUGAGACAGCUGCCACUUAUCCUGCAAGGAGGUUAAUAAACAAGAGCCAUAUGCUCUGCACAUCCAGGCAUUCAUCCAGGAACCUGUGCAUCCUGGGAGCAGGACUGUCCUGCCCACAAAGUGCAGCCUCCGUGCUCAGGGACGAGGCUGCUUGGCUUUGUAACACAGCCAGCACCAAAAUAGGGACAUCUCAGCUGAGCAUCUUCAUCUUCACCCCUCUGGGAGAGGACGGCCACAGCUGCAGGAGCAGAGGCUGCUCCAGCUCCCGGGGCGAGGACAGACUGCAGAGGUGAUGAUGGCACAUCUGUCGAUGCACUCGCAGCCGCUGAGAUAAAGACUUGCACAAGAACACAGCAAGAACUGUGGUUGUACUUCACUGCACAAAUGAUCGUCUCUGGUGCAUAAUGGGCUGCCUCCAUUGCUCUGCCAGCAGGUGCAAUUCCCACCGCAGACAAUAA